UACAGGGCCGAUCUUUCGCCUGAAGAGGUCAUUUUGACUACAGUUGCCACUUGUUGCUAAAACCUUCAGGGCUUCAAUACUCGACCACCGCAAAUACAUUGAUAGCCUACACUGUAAUCCUACGCGUUAAUCUAUUCUCUCCAAUAGAGACGCGGAUCUCGAUGCUGAAUCAGGAUUCAGGAAUACUCCCACAGCUAACAUUGAAAGGAGAUACUUUGUGAACUGUUUGAUAUUUCGGUCUAAUCUGACGGGCGAAGCAUGGUUGAUAAUACCAGUUUAGCAACCAAAUCUGCUUUGCAAGCAGCGUUCUCCUCGUCCAGCAACCUCCCCCUGCUCGUCUCCUCUGCCUCGACACACAGCCACUUCCCCGGCUCACACUCACAGUCUCAACAGCCCAGCAGCGGAGGCAUGAAGCUAGAGGCGGUCAUGGAAAACCUCCAAAGACAGCAGGCUGCCCGCCUGGCGUUAGAAGAGAAGCUUCGCCAGGCAGAGAAAGAGAAGGAUCUCCGCUCCAUGGUCGAGUCCCAGAUACACCAACAAGCCCUCGCUUUCCACCACUACCAGGCAGCGGUCCGGGGCGCUUUCGCCGCGGGAGUAGCGAACUCUUCUCCCAGCUUGGUGAGAUCCGCUGAACCGGGACUGGCUGUCCAUCACAGUUUCGACGCCCCCAGGCACUCAGAGAGAGCCGACGACUCCGAUAUGGAUGAUGAUCCAGAGGGGAUGGACCGAUGCAUGAAUGAUGACGACCGGAAUCUGGAUAGAGAUGACAUGGACAACGAGGGAGUCGUGGAUGAUGAGGAUGAGGAUGAAGAGGAGGGGGCUCUCAGCCACUACCAGCCCCACCACCCCAUGCACCCCGGUGCGGGACACUCUCCGAAGGGCACCCCGGUGCAGUUCAUGUCUAGAAUUCCCCCCUCCUUCGUUGCGCCCCGGCAGUUGGAAUCACCGGGCGGGAUGGCACCACAGUCUCAACACCACGAAUGGACUUACGAGGAGCAAUUCAAACAGGUAAAGCUGACUAAUAAGUAAUAACUUGCUAUGAAACGUUACGUACUUAAACACUAGACUACACUGACUGUACUACCCCUUGUUGAU